AUGGGAAAGAUAACGAAGGCCAUCCAACCUAAGCACAAGGAGACUCUGUCUCCUUGGCUGCAAGAAUUCGUCGAUGCUGCCACUUCGACACCGUUACCGCACCUACCCACCAAGCUUGCCUCAUUCCCGUCAAGAUGGCCCUUCCCCCGGGGAGACUUGUAUCAUUGGAUACCACUUCUAAACCGCUUCGACGGGAUCAUGGAAUCCUUCUGUGAUGUCUACAAGUUGAAUGAGGGCCCGCAAAGUCGAGACUUCGGCUGCGAGGUACUGUUGAGAGACGACUGGUUAUCUGAGACGCAUGCAGAGCCUGACAAGAUGCAGAAGCUGUCCGAGUUGGGCUACAGCAAGGAUGGCGAUGUCUCUCUUAUCGUCUCGAUCUUGAACUUUACUCAGAUGCUGCUAGACCACUGCGGCAACCGCAGUAUCUACGCCAGCAGCGCCCACCUCAACGAUCUGCUCCACAGUACCGACUUCACCGUCAUCUGCGCUGCCCUCAAGGUUGGUGUUGAGCUGGCCCAGCGCUAUCAGGCAUCUGUGAAGCGCUUCAAUCAUGGCAUGACAACGCGUCAAGUACACACCGCGAUUCUGUCGAACCACUACAACAUCGACCUGGAUCGCGUGCAGCACAUAGCCCAGCCGUUUGCCAAGACGCCUAUAGUCAAGUCCGCGGACUCCCUGCCUCUAUCUACACCAGGUAGUGCUAGCAAGGUCAAGGAAAAGUCGCAUGGCGGAAGUCCAAAGAACGUAGCCGCCAUGUUUGCGAACGAUCUUUGCGCGAUCGCAAAAGCUGACUCUACGGAAAAUGCCGGUUCUCGAGCACGUUGGAAUGGCUGGGCCGAUGUGAAGCUUGCAUAUUAUCCUGUAUCGGCCCUUUCUACGCAAGAACCGACCCAGCCAUCCCUGCCUGAUCGAGCCUCUAACCCGAAUGCACCGUUAACGCCAACGCCUCUCAGACGCAGCAACACGGCUGCUUCCACACAGGUAACCGCGCGAGCGAAUCGUCAGGGAUCUUCAGAGGACAGCCAGGCCUCCGCUUCUCGAUCUCCCGUCGUAGGACGCGAGGAAAGUGGCCCCCCGGGUCAGAAAUCUCUCGAGAUACCUCAAUCUUCGGUCGUCUCUUCAUCCAUAUAUCAGCUCCUGGACAGAGUACCUGCGGGUAUGCCAAAAGAGACUCGCUACGAGUUCCUGAACCGACUCCGGGUUGCCAAAGCGUUGAGCGGCUCGGUUGAGACUCGACAACAAGCACUCAUGGCGCGACUACUCGCCAUACAGAACCUGGCAUACAUCUAUGUAGAGCCCACGUUCAUUGAAAAGGUGCUCAGACAGGAUAGUGAUGAGCCGCGCCGUUUCCAACUCGUGUACCAGCUUGCUGAGCUGAUCCAUCCCGGUGCUGACGGUGUGACCACCGUGCCUCUCGAGCUUCAGUCCGUCGCACUAUCAUUGCUCGAAGCAAUCGCCGGAUUCCAUAACAAGGUUCCCGAUAUAUUCUCGGCGUUGAAUGCGACGGUAAACCAUGGCGUGCUGCUAUACGUCAUCAGAAAAGCAGUUUCCGAGAUGAAAGAGGAUGACGCUGGUGAGCAAAGGACCGAAAAGGAUGAGUGGAGGGAUAACCUCUUUUCGCUCACACUUCACAUCACCAUGGCCAUGGCCAAUACCUCAACGCGUAAUACGCCCGAGAUCAUCUCUGCCGGACUCUUGGAUAUCAUGGUUGAGGUUCUUAACCUCAGGUCCAACAUAGCCGAGCGGACAUAUGGCACCCUGGUAGGCUUCCUGGACCAGCUCAUCUACAAUGUCACAACGUCUUUCCAAUCUUUGGUCAAUGCGAACGGUCUUGACGCUAUUACCAACCUGAUCACCCACGAGGUUGAGUUAGCCAAAAAGCUCAUGGCUGAGGGCAAGGGUACACCGACAAAUCACCGGUCACACGUAGUGGACUAUGAGAUCCCCUUCUACCAGCAACAAAACCUGAAGUUCCUUCUGAAAUUCAUUCACCACCUGAUGUCCAACGCUUACGCCUACGGUGGAAGCACUGAUCGUCUACUCAGAAAUCUAGUCGAUAAGUCUGAUUUGCUCGGCAGCUUUCGCGAGAUCAUUGAGAACAUGGCGCUUUUUGGCUCCUUGGUAUGGACUAAUGCUGUGACGAUCCUGAGUGACUUUCUCAACAAUGAUCCUACGAGUUUCUCGGCUAUCUUCGAGGCCGGGUUGAUUCAGAGUUACAUCACGGCUUUGACAGGCCGACCUGUUACGAUCGGACAAUCUAAGGACACGGGAACAGGAGCUACGGAGAGGAGAACCGAUGAUGACGAUUCAGCUACGGAUUCCCCUACACCGGAUUUGGAGCCUGACACCAGACCACACCCCCCUCCCCAGGAGAGUCUGGAAGCAUCCCGAGAAGGUCCUCUAGCCCAUGGAAUACUGCCAUCCUCGGAUCCAAUUGCCAUCGUGCCCACUGUUCUGAACGCCAUCUGCUUGAAUAAUCAGGGUAUGAAAUUGGUCGUCUCCUCACGCGCCUUCGAUAGUUUCUUUGAGAUUUUCGAAAGCCCUGAGCAUGUCCGAAUCAUGGCAGCGGAUGACACGCUGGCUCACACGGUUGGCGGUAGCUUUGAUGAGCUUGCAAGACAUCAUCCAUCCCUCAGAACUGCCAUUGCGCACGCAGUUCUGGACAUGGUGGCCCGAGUCACGCAUCUCGCUCGGGUCAAGGCUCGGGACGACAAAUGGGGAGCGAAGCUAUAUGUCACAGACUCCGAUGGGCAAGAACUGAUAGCUGAUGAGGGGCUUCUGGCUGAACCGUCGGUAUUGCCUUCUGCGAAAGGGAAAGGCAAGGCCGUAGCUUCGGUUAACGAUGCCGAUGUUCAAAUGACAGAUGCGAGCUCCGAACAGGCGCCAACCUCAGGUUCGACGCAGAGUCCCUCUUCUGUCCAUAAGUCGAUCGGCCCUUACAUCUAUGCUCUGGCACAGUUCCUGUCCCAGUACGUCACCAACUCGAGUCUGAAGACCAGUUUCAUACAGAAUGGCGGAAUAGAGCAGCUCCUUGAUCUCUGUACCUCCCCAAGUCUGCCGCAUGAUUUUGGAGACACUGCAGCGUCUCGAAGCCUGCAAACAGUGAUCUCUCAACUGAUAGAGGCCUCUCCCAUCAUCGGCCUCCCUUCGCUGCUGAAACGAACACAAGCCGCGAUUGAUGUGCUAGAUCCAGUCCUCAAGGCACAAAGCACAACGUCGUAUCUCGGGCCUUGCAUUACAGACGUCGCCAACCUAAGCGACCAGACAGACCCCGAGUUGGUCAGCCAUUUGGCCCAUGGAACACCAGUGGCCAAGGCAUUACUCAACACCCAACUAUUGAUCAAAAUUCUCCACCAAUGCUUUCCGUUCUCCUCCCGCACUCAAACGAUCACGCUGCAUGCUGUCAACGUCUUCGAUUACUACAGCCGCUUGGUCAAGUCGCUAGGACCUCUUCUACGCGCUGCAAUUCUGGAGGAUGCAUCUAUGACCUGCAUCGUUCCUCAAAACUGGACGAGACAAGGACAGGACCGGCAAGGCCCCACUCCCGGUGCGCCGAAUUCUGAUUUUGAUGUGGCGGGUCUGCCGGAUGUCUUGUCGUCGGCUGCCUUGUGGAAGUCUACCGCCGAAAAGGGCCCGGGUCAAGGCCUUACCAAGAGUGAGCAGUCGGGUCCGCGCUACCAGAACUACCAGACACUUACGACCUUGCUUCACGGCUUAAUGCCUGCUAUCUUUCCGGUCUUCCAAACUCUUGGAAAGGCUCUGUUGCCGAAGCGCGAACGUGAGCCAUACCUCAGGAUUCAUCAUGUGCAACUGGCGGAGGAGUUGGCCCAGACGCUUUUGAGUCAACUCGAGUUGCCUGAACGGGAGACGACGUCGAAGGAUUAUCGCUAUUGGAUCGUUAUGCUGCAUGCCGUCCAUGAAGUGCUGGUUAACCGUGCGGCCGAUACCCGCCCUGACCGGCAGAUACCACCUCAAAUCAUCGCCCCAGUGUUGAUCGCUUUCAAGAAAUUUGACGGCUUGAAGCUUCUCAACACAAUGCUACGCAUGUUCAAGAAUGAGGUCUGCAAGGACCACAAGGGCGAGGAAGAGGAGUCCAUGUCAAGAUUGGCAAUCAUCGGUUUUAAGAAAAUUCUUGACAUCUACGCUAUGAUCGUGAACGGGAAAGUCAUCAGCGAAUCCCUCAUGCCGAUCAACAUCCUGUCACGCGGUGCUAACGACGGCAAUCGCGACCCUGCCCGACGACAAGAACUUCAAGUUGCUCCCAGCCUGGUGGUAGAACUACGAAUGAUCAUACUACCAGUGAUGCGGGAAUUAUGGGACUCGCCGUUAGUCGAGAAAGGAACGGCAGCCACUCUUGCCAAGAUGAUUAACAUUCUGAAGUCUAUCUCGAAUGCUGACAACGAGAAUGGCGCUUAUAAGCGCACUGACAAGAGCCCCCAACCCGAAAUUCUGCAGUCCAAGUCUGUUCAGUUCCCAUGGUCGAAGCGUAAGGACGAAGUUGCACGACUAACCACAAGUGCCGCUUGGCCAGAGGAUCUUGUCCGGGAGGCUGUCUACAGGACGUACGUAUCAAGUAAUUCCGCUUCACAAGCUUCUGAGUACUGUGCAGCACAUCAAAAGGGCAUGGCCGGAUCUCGAAACCCCAUACCUGAAGACGAAGCAUCAGAAGAUGCGGAGACCGGCCCUGCAGCUGAAAGUAGCGCAGUGGCCGAAGGGGAGCCCUUGGCUUUAGAACUGCCUGAAGACCUGCCUCCUGGUAUUCUGGAUGAUGACAUCAUUGGUGAGCUGAGAGAAGCCGCAGCGCUGUCGAAUGGCAAUGAUUUGGACACACCAGGCGCUACAGUCUUCGGCCAGGAAGCCAAUGGAACCGGCUCUUCCUCCACGAGUCCCGCCCAAGGCCCUUCGGCCGAAGCGACUGCGGAGACUGAUGACCAGAAUCGCCCAGCUGUAGCCAAGGAAGAUCUGGAUGCAGAGCGCACCAAACUCCGCUUGAACUUCAUCGAUAGGUGUCUGGAUGUUAUAAGGGCGCAUCCAGAUUCAACCCACGAGGUUUCUGAGCUGAUAACGGCGAUCGUCACACGAACCCCCGGUGACGAACUGUCGGCCAGGCAGGAGAUGGGUGAGACGCUGGUAAAUGCAUUGAUGUCAUUUGCCAUGGAUGACGACCUCAAGUCCAACGGGCGAAGCAUUGCUGCUUAUGCCCAUCUCCUAUCUCUCCUUCUCCAAGAUAAGGUCUUCUUCAGAGCCACUGUGAGCACACUGAAGGAGAACGUCGGCGAAUUCCUACGCUUUCUCCAUGUUCCUGCGUCGCCCUCCACGGAAGAUCUUGCUCCGUGGAUCCCCUACGUGCUCCUGGUUUUCGAGAUCCUGUUGAGCGACGACGAGCAACCGGGCGAGAUCAAAUGGAAGGCUCCUACGACCGAGAACGAUCCCAUCGAGCCACUAGAGUGGUCCCAGACAGAUUUGAACGUCAAGAGCGACGAUCGUAGUACCCUGCUCGGGUCAGUACUCGAGAUACUGCCUCGCAUAGGCAAGGAUGAAUCAUUGGCAGUAUCCGUGCUACGGAUCCUGGUUAUCAUGACUCGAGACCGUGCAAUUGCUCGACAAGUUGGCGACAAGAAGAACUUGCAGCGUUUAUUUGUGACCGCAAAGCAGCUUUCUGGUGUCGGUGCCCCACGUCUCAGCGAAACGAGGAUUGCCUCAAACAUCGUGACGGUUCUUCGUCAUGUUAUCGAGGACGAAGAAGUCGUCAAGCAAAUGAUGAGAAGUGAGAUUCGGGCGUACUUUGACAGUGGACGCAAUACCCGCCCUCUCGACCCAGCGGCUUUCCUGCGACAUUUCUCAGCUAUCGCCUUACGUGAUCCCAGUUUGUUCGUAGACGUCUCGAAUGAGAUGUUGAAACUCAGUCGAUGGGGUCCACCCGAAAGUGCUCGCGGGCAGGCGAUAUCCCUGAAGGAGUUGGCUCCGGAGCCACCGAAGGACGAUGUGACGCCGACUGUGCGUGCUACAGAGGACCUGUCUAUUCAGGAUGUUAAGCCGUCUACUGAGAGCGGAGACAAACAAAUGGAGGACGCGUCCAAGCCCAGCACCCAAGAUGUCAAGCGGCCUGUGCUGGAGAAUCCCGAUGGCGUGGUCCACUUCCUCCUCUGCGAGCUUCUGAACUACAAGGAAGUCGAUGACAAAGACGCGUCCCAAGCUACCAAUGAUGGGAAGUCAGCUGAAGAUCAAGGUUCAUCUGCUACUACGGCCGCCCCUGAGACCGAGAGCCGCCCUGGUGAUGGUAAGGAGAAGAAGGCGAAGAUCGCUUUCCGAACCGAAGAGCAUCCCAUUUUCAUAUACCGUUGCUUCCUGCUCCACUGCCUCGCUGAGCUCCUUCAAAGCUACAAUCGGACCAAGGUCGAGUUCAUCAACUUUAAGAGAAACGCCCCUCUCUUCGCCAACACUCCUGUCAAGCCCCGAUCUAGCGUCCUGAACUACCUACUUACCGAUCUUCUGUACCCAAGCCACAUGGACACUCCUUCGGAUACAAUAGUCCACAAGAAGAAGUAUGCCACGGCAAUCCAAACGCAGAAUCUGCUGGUUGCUCUCGUGAGCAAGACUGGAGAGAAACCCGCUGAUCGAAGCCGCGAAAAGUACGACUACGAUGAUGAACCCGACUUGCUCUUUGUGCGAAGGUUUGUCCUGGACACUAUCCAGAAGGCCUACAAGGACGCUUCCACAUCUGGUGAUCCUUUCGACUCUAGGUAUGCCAGGAUGCUAGCACUUGCAGAGGUCAUGCAUCUUAUGAUGGGUGAUAAGGACAAGGACUCGCCUGUGCCAGCCCGAACGAGCCACGAACCCCCUGAGCGUUCCCAGGCCCAGAUCAGGCGGCUCAUGUAUGAGAAGGGUUAUCUUGCUUCACUGACGACGUCGAUCGCGGACAUCGAUCUCGCCUUCCCGCCCGUGAAGCGAACCAUCAAGUAUAUUCUUCGUGUUCUCCGGAUCUUGACGAGCACCGCUAUCCAUCUGAGCCAUUCCAAUAUUCUUCCCGCCAGCCCGACGCAAGAUAACGCGGACGACGAGCUUGUUUCGGCCAGUUCCCUUUCUGAUAUGGAAGAUGAUCGAGAAGAGACUCCAGAUCUCUACCGCAACUCGGCUCUUGGCAUGUUGGAACCUGGCAGAGGUGGAGAUGGAGAUUAUUCCGAAGACUCGGAAGAAGAUGAGGACGAAGAGAUGUAUGACGAUGAGUACGACGAGCAGAUGGGAUACGAGUCCGAAGACCGGGAAGAAGACGUCAGCGACAGAGACGAAGAAGAAGAAGGUCUCGAAGGCAUGGGUCCCAUCGAAGGCCUCUCUGGUGAUCACGACGUCAUUGAAGUCACAAUGGAGGAUGAUGACGAUGACGAUGAUGAUGACAUGGACGAGGACGACGAUGAAGAUGGCAGUGAAGAUGACGACGAACUCGACUCCGAUGAAAUGGACGAAGACGAUGAUCGUAUUGAAAUUGUUGACGACGAGGGCAACCCACUCGAAGAUGAUGGCGCCUCCGGUUGGGAAAGUGAGACGGACGACGCGGAUGACGAUGAGAUAAGAGCGGAAUACGAGGCAGAGGCCCAGGAUCUGCAAGAGGCUGACAUCCAUGAUCUAGAUGUCGAUGGGCUUGGCCGAUUUGGUAACAUCAUGCGUGCUAUCGAGGAAGAAGGAGACUUCGAGGGAGUCGACGAAAUGCAUCAGCUCAACGACCGAUACAUCGAAGACGACGAUGAGGAUGAAGACGAGGACGAAGAAGUCGACAUCGACGAUGAGUAUGCAUAUGAAGACGAUUAUCCAAACGAUCCUCCACCUCAUGAUGCGAACCACCCAAGUCCGGGAUGGGAUACCCUCAUCGUGGAGCCUCCUGGCAUGUUCGGCGGGCAUCAUCAUCGACAUCGGCAUGGACCCCGUAGCCCCUUGCCCCCUAUGCCAUUCAUGGUGGGGUCGCGUGACCCCCUUGGCAAUUUUGGCGGUAUGUCAGAAGAUAAUUCUCAUCGUGUGGAUCCUGCUCUCAUUGGCGCCAUGCUUGAACAACAAGAGCUUGCCAACAUUGAGCGCCUUCGAAGCGCACGCAGACGCCUCCAGGCUAACUCAUACCCAGACCCACGGGGUUUUGUCCGGGGCCAUCGGCACGACGGACGGACUUCUAACAACGAAGAUGGCAUGAACCCUCUACUUCGACGAGCCAACGAUAACGGUCAAGAUGCGGUGCCCCGGCCUACUAACCCUAGCAAUCUGGUUCGGCUCGGCCUGCCUGGCAGUAUUCUGGGCGGUGUUAGCAUUGACAGCUCGUUGUCUAUCCUAGACAGUCUGAUGGCUUCGCUCCCCGUCUCAAUCGGUCGUCACGGACAAGCCCUUCACUUUCAGAUAAGUGGCGGAGGACCGCCGCGCCCUGAGUUCAGUGACCUACCUUUCCCCUCCUUCGCUUCGCAUUCACGAGAAAGUCGCGCAGAUAGCCGCCCUGACGUCUACCAGGAACCCAUUCAGUCGACUUCCUUCGCGGGUGAUUCCACGAUUGCACGGUGGACCGAAGAAGUCAAGAUGAUUUUUGGCAUUCAGCACGCGGAGAAAUCACACAGACUGUUACCCGCGAUUCUUUCAUAUGUUGUACCGCCUGCCAUCCAGCGUGAAAAGGAGCUCAAGGCGAAAGAGGCAGAACGCCAACGGCAACUGGAGGAAGAACGCAAGAAGCGAGAAGACGAGGAACAGAAGGCACAAGAAGCCAAAGAAGCUGAGGAGAAGGCCGCUCGGGAACAGAAGGAAGCAGCAGAGCGCGAGGUCGCUGCGGCCGAAGCUGCUGAAGCUGCUGAAACUGCCACACAGGUUGAUGCGCCCGCUCAGAGCACCGAAGCAGAGGCCGUCGCUGCUACCCAAGAAGAUGAUCGUGAUGAUCAUGCAGAGCCUGACGCUAUGGAAGGUAUUGAGACGUCAGACGAACCUUCCGGCGCGUCCAAUCAAGCACGCGCCUUCGCUACGAUCCGAGGCGAGCAGGUUGAUGUCACGGAACUUGGCAUUGACCCGGACUACCUAGAGGCCCUCCCCGAAGAGUUCAGGCAAGAAGUCAUUGCUCAGACAGUGAGCAGCCGCAGGGCCGAAGCUCGCGAUGCCCCAAGAGGUACUGGGGAGCAAACAGAGGUCUUCCAGGAGUUUCUGGAUGCGCUACCCGACGACCUCCGACUGGAAAUUGUACAGCAAGAACGGCAAGAGCAGCGCCGACGAGAGCGGGACGAAAGCCGCCGCCAGGCCGCUACGGCUGGCCUGGUAGCUGAAGCUCAGGAUAUGGACACUGCCAGUAUCCUCAUGACAUUUCCCCCUGCCCUGAGAGAACAAGUUCUCAUGGAUCAAGGUGCGGAACUACUUGACUCGCUACCACCUGAGAUGGCAGCCCAUGCUCGACGACUUGUAAGAACCACCAAUCCCGUUGCACACCACGAUAGAGCCCCUUCUGGUUCAAACCGCAGAGAUGCCGCCGUUCAGCCGAGCGGUGCACCAGACGCAGAUAAGCCUCAACGAAGGGCUGUGGUCCAAAUGCUGGACAAGCCGGGAGUUGCCACUCUGCUGCGUCUGAUGUUCAUAAACGUCAAAGGGGGGCCAAUCGAGAAUUCCCUGAAGUACGUAUUCAAGGAUGUGUGCGAAAACCGACAAAACCGGUUCGAGGUCAUCAGCACGCUUCUACAAAUAUUGCAGGAUGGAUCAACCGAUGUCGAUGCUGUGGAGCGAAGCUUUGCCCAACUUUCUAUCAAGGCCAAGCAGUCCAAGGACAAGGACGCCAAAAUACAGACUCCGCAAGGCCUGAAACGCACCUACACCAACAUCAGCAACAGCAAUCCGGUCCAGACAGCCUCGGAGACGUCCCCUCUCCUGAUUGUUCAGCAGUGCUUGGAUCUAUUGUGCUACCUUGCGGACCAGAACGUUCAUGUACCCUCCUUGUUUUUGACCGAACACGAGGCAGCCAGCACGACAAUCAAGCGCAGUUUGAGCCGGAAAGGCAAGAACAAGGACAGCAAGGCUCAUAAGUAUGCCAUCAACUCUUUGUUGGCUCUGCUCGACCGCGAGCUCGUGAUGGAGAGCUCCACCAUCAUGGAUAGCCUCUCUCAGCUCCUGAGUCGAGUAACAUUCCCACUGCUUGCCCUUGAUCGCAAGCAAAAGGAGGCAGCAGAAGCGGUCAAGAAGUCAGAAGCUGAAGCCUUACAAGAAGGAGGAUCGGCCACAGCCACAACAACUGACCCUACGGCAAUGGCCACCGACAACGCGACUAGCAACGAUAACGGGGAUACGAAUCCGCCUGAAACUUCAGAAGCGCCUCAACCGGCACAGGACACAGUUGCAACGGACGCCCCCGAGCCGCCCGUUAGCGCGGGUGCGUCUAAUGCCGAAGCUGGAUCGUCGAAGGCAUCAGAGAAGCAGGUCGCUCCGAAGAAACCCAAACAGCUACACCCGCCUGUUAUUCCCGUUCCCAACCUGACACUCAUCAUCAAGAUCUUUGUUGCUCGGGAAUGCAGCUCCAAGACUUUCAAGGAGACCUUAUCGACCAUCAAGAAUCUCUCUGUGAUUCCUGGAGCGAUGUUGGUCUUCGGCCAAGAGCUUGCUCGCCAAGCUCAAGUCUUGAGUGAACAGAUUGUUGUUCACUUGGACGAGCUACUCCCGCAUAUCCAAAAUGCUGCCUCGGGAACUGAAAUUCAAGGUGUUGCCCUUUCCAAGUUCUCUCCCGGUGCUUCGGAUCAAAACAAACUACUCCGAGUCUUGACAGCUCUCGAUCAUCUAUUCGCCCAAAAGAAGGCGGACGCGAUGGGGAGUACCAACUCGGCGGAGGAGUCUCAAAAGCAGGAUCUGCUCGCCACCCUCUACCGUAACCCGACCUUCAAUGCCUUGUGGGAGAAGCUGAGUGCGUGCUUGAGUGCAAUUCGCCAACGGGAAAGCCUGCUCAACGUAGCGACCAUCCUCUUGCCUCUGAUCGAGGCCCUCAUGGUCGUUUGCAAGGAUACUACCCAGACAGAAAUUGCAGCCUCUCAAGGUCAGACGGCCAAGGACAUGGUUCUCUCGAGCCCGCAGCCUGAGUCGCACAUGGCCGGGCUAUUCUACACCUUUACCGAGGAUCAUCGUAGAAUCCUCAACGAGCUUGUGCGCAACAACCCAUCACUCAUGAAAGGGACGUUCUCUCACCUUGUCAAGAACCCCAAGGUUCUGGAGUUCGACAACAAGCGCAACUGGUUCAACCGCAGUGUCCACAACAAGCAACAGGCGAGUCAUCGACCUUACCCUACACUGCAACUGCAAGUACGGCGUGAGCAGGUGUUCCACGACUCUUUCAAGUCACUCUAUUUCAAGAGUGGCGAAGAAAUGAAGUUUGGCAAGCUCAACAUCCGGUUCCAUGGCGAAGAAGGUGUGGACGCUGGCGGUGUCACUCGUGAAUGGUUCCAGGUCCUCGCGCGGCAAAUGUUCGACGCGAACUAUGCCCUGUUCGUGCCCGUUUCCAGUGAUCGGACAACGUUCCACCCCAACAAGCUCAGUGGCAUCAACGACGAGCAUCUCAUGUUCUUCAAGUUCAUCGGGCGCGUUAUCGGCAAGGCGCUGUACGAAGGCCGGCUGCUUGAUUGCUACUUCAGCCGUGCGGUCUACAAGCGUAUUCUAGGCAAACCGGUCUCGGUCAAAGACAUGGAAUCAUUCGACCCCGAAUACUAUAAAUCUCUCUGUUGGAUGCUGGAUAACGACAUCACUGAUAUUAUCACUGAGACUUUUUCGGUUGAAGACGACGAAUUCGGUGUUACGAGGAUCGAAGAUCUCACUGAGAAUGGUCGCAACAUUCCGGUCACGGAGGACAACAAACACGACUACGUUCGCCUUGUCGUCGAGCACAAGCUCCUCUCCUCGGUCAAGGACCAGAUGGAGAAUUUCCUAAAAGGCAAGGCUAAUGUGCCAGGCUUCCAUGAGGUCAUUCCCGCGGAGCUCAUCUCCAUCUUCAACGAACAGGAGUUGGAGCUUCUCAUCUCUGGCUUGCCGGACGUCGACAUUGAUGACUGGAAGAGCAACACCGAGUACCACAACUAUACGCCGUCUUCUCAGCAGAUUCAAUGGUUCUGGCGCGCGUUGCGCUCAUUCGACAAGGAAGAGGUCGCUAAACUGCUCCAGUUUGUGACGGGAACCAGCAAGGUCCCUCUGAAUGGUUUCAAGGAGCUUGAGGGCAUGAACGGUAUUAACCGGUUCAACAUCCAUCGCGACUAUGGAAACAAGGAGCGUCUCCCAAGCUCUCACACAUGCUUUAACCAACUCGACCUUCCCGAGUACGAGAGCUACGAUAUCCUCCGUCGACAAGUGCUGAAGGCCAUCACGGCUGGCAGUGACUACUUUGGCUUCGCCUAA